GCAAUUUUCUGAUAAAAAUACUUCGUGAAUGUGGCGUGUGUUGUUUGGAUUAUUGAGAGUCGUAAAUAAAAAAGCAAUCAAUGGUUUAUUAAUAUUGGUUAUAAGUAUACUACUCAUGUCUUUAGACAACACUCUUGCGAAGGACAAUCAGUGAAAACCAAUAACUUCAUGGGAGACGUGGUCUAAAUUUGGUAUUUUGUCAUAUGUUGCACGCCUGCCUUGGGGUCUUUGAAGAGGACAAAAAAAAUAAUCAGUAAUUCCGAUGCUAAAUUGAUAAUGCCAAAUAGACACAAUCAGUCUCCUGGCACGUUACAGCGCUUAUUAGCGACCAUGCGAAGUCUUUAUGUGUGAAUGUGUAUUUCGCGUGAGCUACAUUCAUGAUGGUUAUUAGAGUGGACACUGAAUAAGAGUCAGGAUGAGUCACAACUUGGCUGGGAUGCCUGGCGCCUACAGGCUGCCCGGGCCGGGCCUAGGCCCGCCGGACUUCAAGCCGCCCAUGGAAACACCAACGCCUUCUGCGCCAGCACCAAGCAAUCCAAAGAAGAGGAGAAAAACAUCAAAUGCUAACAAUGCCCAUGCACCGCAACCCCCACCCACCGCUCAGGACCUGCUGCCUCCUCCAUUAACAGGAUAUGGAGACACCAUAGUGGCAUCCAAUCCUUUUGAUGACUCACCAUCUACAAUUUCACACAAUGGCCCUAUGAUGAGCCAGAAUGGCCCGAUGAUGAGUCAAAACGGCCCUAUGGGAAUGAUGGGACCAAUGCACAGCAUGGGUGGACCCCCAAUGAGGCACAUGAGCCCUUUACCCCACAGUAUGAGCCCAAUGAAUCAGCAAAUGCCACCUCGGGGUAUCAGUCCUAUGGGUAACAUGAGUCCGAUGGGCCAUAUGGGUGGAAUGUCACCAAUGGGAGGCCCAAAUAUGGGAAUGAGCAAUCACAAUAUGGGCCCAGGCAUGGGACCAGCGUCAAGGUCAAUGGGCAGUCCCAUGAGCCCUAUGAAUUCUAUGCCAAUGGGAUCACCAAUGUCUUCCGGGCCGAUGGGAAGCCCUAUGAAUAUGGGGUCAAUGGCAGGCAGCCAUAUGAGCAACAGUCCAAUGGGGCCACCCAUGCAUAGUCCUCUAGGAGCUGGUUCCAUGAACGGGCCAAUGAAUGGCCCUAUGGGGGGAGGAGGCCCAGGUAUGAAUGUGCCUCGAAUGAAUGGCCCUAUGGGUCCCAGUUGUUCUAAUGGUUCUAUGGGCCCAAGCAGUUCUAUAAUGUCUUCAAACCCAAUGCAAAGCGGUGGAAUGGGACCAGGUCACUGUGGUCCGAUAAGACAUGGAAGUCCAAUGGGCUCUGGCAUGGGAGGAGGACCUAUGGGAGGAAAUGGUCCAAUGUCAUCAAUGGGCCCGGGUCCACCAUACGCAAGCAGCCACAUGGGACAUGGAGGCCCCAUGGGAAUGGGAGGCAGUGGUAAUAUGGGAAUGGGUCCGGGCCCUGGUAACAUGGGGAAUUGUGGACCUCUGGCAGGCAUGAGUGGCAUGGCAAUGGGCGGGCCCGGAGGGCAAGGAGUGGGCCCGAUGGGACAAGGAAUGGGGAUGUUUGGGCCAAAGCCAAUGCCUGUUAGUGCUGGGAAAGUUUAUCCCCCGGAUCAACCAAUGGUGUUUAAUCCACAGAACCCAAAUGCUCCUCCCAUAUACCCUUGUGGAGUAUGUCACAAAGAAGUACAUGAUAAUGACCAAGCAAUUCUCUGUGAAUCUGGAUGCAACUUCUGGUUCCACAGGGGCUGCACAGGCCUAACGGAGCCAGCUUUCCAGCUGCUCACAGCGGAAGUGUAUGCCGAGUGGGUGUGUGACAAGUGCCUACACUCCAAGAACAUCCCGCUGGUCAAGUUUAAGCCCUAGCGCGAGGCGCGCGCCGCAUCACAAGUAUUUAUUCCACUAAAUGGACUCUGUGAUUCACUCUCUUAAUUUAUUCACGCAUGGAAGUUAUGGUGACAUGAAAGCGAUACUUAAGAUUCACCAAACCUAUUUGCGUUCCAUUUGGCACUUAUGUUGGAGCCUUGGUUGUGAUAGACCUGCAAAAAAUGCUGCCCUAAUAAAGUUUUCUGAGCCUAUGUUGAGAUUUGCCCGAAUCAUCUAAAUGUAACAACUCAAUAACGUUGAUUGGCACUAAAAAACCAGGCUAAUUCUCAUAGAACCUGAUGGAGCGAUUAUCAAUCUGAUUGGUGGAUUAUUGUUUCUAGGAGUCACUUUCAUAUCGCACAAGUAAAUGUCUGCCUAUGUGUUGACUAUAGUCUGUUUAAGAUCGAUCUCGAGUAUUGUAAGUAGUAAAUCUACCCAUUGUAGACACCCAUUAUUGGCACGCGUUAUUUACAAUUCUGAAAAUGGUGCUACUGGUGUCAAACGAUAGGUGAUUUACCUUAAUUGAAUGGAAGAUGCGUGCAUUUUAUAGGGAUGGAAGUUUACUUCUCGUGCUAUAGUAAUAGAGUGUGAAUGACGAACAUGCAGACGAUCCUACUAUGUCUAGUCUGUUUAAUGUCAUUAAGACUAAUUUUAAUCUAAUGCUAAGAUUUGAAGACGAAUGGGAGGCCUCUGGAGUGAUCGCAUUAGGCAUAUCCAAUAAAGCAAUUGAAUGUUUUUCGGAAUCGCAGUUUUGGCAGCACAAUUUAGGUAGAGGAAUUUUUAAUUUGUUUUCUAUGCCGUGUUUGUGUUGCUUGAGUCUAUGUGUAUAUUGUAAAUAUCUUUAAUUAAUAAUGAAUUAAUGUAAUUACAUUUCCGCCUUCAAGAUUUUGUGAGCUAUAGGUGUACAAUCGUAUGUUGAAUAUGGUACACAAUAACUAUAGUCACGGCGGCGCGAGUUGGCCUCCACUUGCGAUUAAAUAGUCGCACGACUGCCGGCGACAGUCGCGAUUGUCGCAAGCGCCCAUUGUACAUUUCGCUGUUAUAGUCAAUAAGUAAUAAUGAAUUACUAAAGCCGUUGUACUUACUACUAUGUCGAGCCUAUGAUUUGCAUGUAACUUAAGCGCAUUACGUACGUGUAAAUACGACAUACGACGAAUCCAUACUUACGCUUUGAUAAGGAUAAGGGUCUUAAAAUGUGUUUGUCAAUUUUUAACUUUUUGGAGAUUUUUUUAAUCAUAGCAUUAUUAUUAGCAUUAUUGUGUUUUUUAUCGAUUGUAUAUAUACUGUAUAGGUUGUAAUGGACUGAGAUUAAGAAAUAUUUCGGCCCCCGGUUGUGACCGCCGGAGCGCCGACUCCGCGCACAUACACUUUAUUUAUUACACAAUCCAAACACAAUAUAUUUUUGUGUUGUUCCCAGCACAAGGUAACUUGUUGGUUGAUAAUAAGAUGCUAGUAGUAUAAAUAUGGAAUUAGAAAUGGUUUUAUUAACAAUUAAUGAUGGUACCUUUAGACUGAGAACACAAUUUAUUAUAAAUUAAAACUCGAUAUGUGUAAGUAGUUUUGUCUUCUAGAUCUAGUAGAUUACCCAAUGUCGAGUGUAAAUCUUGCCUGGACGGGAUUCGGCCGUCUUGUUUAGUGCCUGAUAGCCGUAAGGUCGUAGGUAAAUUCAGAGCAAAUGUAUCUACUUGUGACGUUCCCGAAAGAAAGCACUUAGUCGAUUUUGUCGGUGUUUAUAAGGACGAUAUCUAAUUGCAUAUUAAAGCUGUGUGCAUUGCAUGUCUACACGGAACAUUCGGGUUUCUUAAACUGUCGAAGAUCUAAAAUAUCUAUAAUUACUACUACUACUACGUACAAUUAUUCCGGGAUAUAUUAAUUGGAAUCUUUUUACAAAUGUAUUUGAUAUGUAUUUACAUGUUUUUAUGAACCUAUCAAACCGCCAAAUUUUAUUUUACACUGAGAAGAUAGCAAAUGACUCAACCUAUCUGCCGUUUUAAUUUGGCAAACGAUGUACCAAACAGCCUGCCGGCCUAGCCAAGGUUACAAUCGCUAUCGCUUCGACAACGACAAGCAUUAUGUCUCUCUAUCACUCUUCCAUAUUAGUGCGACAGUGACAGUUGCGUUUCGAUCGCUACGGAGCGUAAGCGAUCGACAUCUUGGCUACGCGGCCUGUAUAAUCAUACACUUAUUAUAUAAUUUUAAUAAAUUCUACUGUCAAGAAACGUCGCCUGUAUUAAGAAAAAAAUUGUUUAUUUUUAAAUGUGGGCAAUCAACUUUCGAGUUUACAGAAUACAGAUGAUAUAUAUGAGGUUUAAAGUCAAACCAUAAUUUUGUGUAGAGUCGGACCAAGAAAACUCUGCAGCGGAUUUGAUAGCCCAUGCAGUCAAGUG